UUCGCUAUACUCCGAUAUGCUAUCCUCUGCAUUCGAGGAAGCAGAUCCUCUCGCCACCACCCAUUCAGUGAGCUCAACAUCGACCUUGCCGCUGCAGAGGGACAUGUUCCCUCCGAUAUGUAAUGUCUCUGUUUUUUUUUUAUCCAACCACUCCUACACUUGUUUCUCGUUUUCUUGGAGAAAAAAAGGGUUAACAACCGGGGUCUCAACGUAGCCUCAUGAAUUUAUUCAUAAUAAAUUAAAUCCCGGCGUAGAGUGCGGUUAGACUGUCUACGGCCUUUUUGAAUCGCCUUCUUUGUACAUUUGUGAACAAAUACACUGCCCCAGGCAUUCAGCCCAUGACACAACCCCUCAUAUGCUGGUUACCCAAAGCGAACCUUUCCUUGCAGGCUCCGAACUUGAUUCCGCAGCAUGAUCACUGUUGUGGUCUUCCACACUCAAAUCUGUACUUCGCGAGUCAGUGAGAUGUUUCUCAUGCUGGUCUGAAACGACAGUAUCAGGUGCGUCUAACAGUGUUUCAACGGCUACCGCCCGGUCUUUCUUCUCGCAACUCAUUGCUGGCAGAUUGACGAGCAUAUAAAUUAUACGAGGUCUCUGUGUAUUGUUAACCCUCGGCGCGCAUGCGCAGCGAGGGUUGGAAUGAAGAUGUUAGUAAGAACUCUACGGUGUUUUCGUUUGUCUACUGGAUGGAAGUACUCGUGCUACAGCACGAGUAUUACCGAGACGACGAAGAAAGCAAUUGAGUUUGAAGAUACAGGAACAGCGUAUCAGGACAAAAGCACGAGGGACUUGUUACGGCACAUGUUUGUAUUCUCCAUCUUCAGCUACGAAAAUAUUGUCAACAGGAGCCAAAAGCUGGUGAAAUUUGCACGUGACAUAUUGGGAUCGAAAAUGUUCAAUAAAGUAAUGAAGAUGACAGUUUAUGGACAGUUUGUUGCUGGAGAGAAUAUUCAGGCUAUUCUACCCGUUAUUGAUAGAUACAGGAGGAAUGGGGUACGAGCUAUACUUGACUAUGCAGUUGAAGAAGAUACUCCUAAUGAAAACGUGGUUUUAGAAACAAGGAGCAAUGCAGCGAGUCAUCUCGCACAUUCUUCUCUAACAUCGUCCGACUAUGAGCACUUUCCUCAGUUAAAGCCCACUAUAACACAUGCUGACCGAACUGUUCGUGCUAGUGCACGAACAUAUUUUUAUGAUACUGAGAAAAAGUGCGAUGAUGUGAUGAAAAACUUUCUAUCAUGUGUUAAUAUGGCAGCUGAUACAACUGUGGAAGGAGAUGCAGCUUUUGCAGCAAUUAAGCUAACAGGACUUGGGAGAGUUGAGUUUCUUCUGAAGUUGAGCGAAGUGGUGGAAGGAACUCGACACAUGUUCUUAGACCUUGCAGAUGGUAAUGACAUUUGUACUGCUCAAGUUACGCCGCAGUCCUUCCAUAGUGGUCUGAGAGCUAAAAGUAUAAUGGUAUCUCAGUCUGAGGCUGAUGAUCUGUACAGGAAGAUUGACACUGAUCAUAAAAGAACAAUAAGCGUCUACGACUGGAUUAACAGAUUUCAACCUGGAAAUGACCUGUAUAAAUAUUUUCAGGCACAGAAGGGCUUUGGUACUCUUACUGUAAUGGAAGAUGAUGAUCUAAAACAAAUGCAGAGUGUUUUUCAAAGAGUACAUACAAUUGCUGAGUGUGCUGAAGAAAGGAAUGUUCGACUAAUGGUUGAUGCAGAGCAAACCUACUUCCAACCUGCCAUACGACACAUUGUUGUUCAUGUGCUUAUGCCCAAGUACAAUCGAGAGCGCCCCCUCAUCUUCAACACCAUCCAGUGUUAUCUAAAGGAUGCGAGGGAGACACUUAAAAUGGAUGUGGAAUAUUCCAUUAAAAGUGGUUUUUCCUAUGGGGUGAAACUGGUUCGAGGUGCCUACUUAGAACAGGAAAGGGAAGGUGCCGUGCUGAAGGGAGCACCUGACCCACUUUGGAGUAGUAAAGCUGAGACCAACCAAUGCUAUAAUGACUCUGUGGAAUGCAUUAUGAAAAGAAUUAGGGACUCAAAUAUACAGAUGAUGGUGGCUACCCACAACAAAGAAUCUGUUAAGAAAACCAUAGAGUUGUGAGUAUGUAAUGCAUAACUUACGUAUGUAUACAUUCCACCGCUUUCCCUCCCACAAUCACAUUGCUCGAUGAACACUUUAGUUAUGCACUGUUAUAGUAAUACUUCACGGGUGAAUAAUUGUGAAUGAAUCGCCCCUACCACAUGGUAUGCCACAAUGCUUGCAUAGUUUUCAUGAAUGCAUGGCGUAGGUUCAUAUAGAGUUUUGAGUUUGGAUGGAAGAUGAGGUAACUCUGUAUCGAAAAGGGUGGUCAUGCCGAUCCUAUGAGAAGGUGGUAUGGCUACAUAUCUGACCAGAUGCAGAUUUGUAGAGUUUCCACUAGUAAUGCAAUGGUGUUCCUUUCUCGGCUGUUAUGACAAUUUUGUAAGUAGUUAGUAUGCAUUUCUUUUUCAGAGUGGGAUAUUCCAGGUAUGUUGACCCCUGCAUGAAUGGAAAUAGAAUCCCACCAAAAGAGCUAUAGAGCAUUAUGGCCAUAUCUCUUGUUUUUGUGCUGUUAAAAUGAAAAGCACUAAAGUGCAAACCCUCGGCGAACUGCGCAUGCUUGGUACCGCUAAUUAAUAGGCUGGGCAUGGGCUAUUAGUAUGCGUUUACUCAUGGUCUCCCGCUAGUAGCUCGCGGAGAGUCUGACACGGACUAGCUACAGUAGUAGAUAGCAUGCGGGAGUCGAUACACACCCUUUGUUGUAACUUCUUGUGCCUUCAAGAUACACAGAGUGAGCGGACCCGGUCGAGGUAAGCCUGUGCUAAUUAGCAUAUUGGCUUGUUCACUUGGUUUUCGCGCCAUAACUUUUGAACGCAGUACUUUCACGAAAAUCGCCAUUUUAAAAAUGAAGCCGGUGUAGUGCUGAACCCGUUGGUGUCGCUUUUUGGCCGGUUUGUUGCGUGUGGUGGCAGAAAACGUGGUAACAGACAGACACACAGACCAAGUACUGUAACCCUCGCUGUGCAUGCCCGCCGAGCGUUAAUAAAGCUUACAUGUGCCAUACGUGCCAUAGCACAGUGGGUUGAGGUUUGCCUUGUGUUGUAUUGUGUUGUAGAUUGAAACCCCUACCAGUUCGAAUCCCACCUAGGGCAGCUCUUCUUUUUUCAUGGAAAAAAGAGCUGUCCUGGGUGUAGUUGAUUUGUUUGUUAUGCCUUUGCCUUUCUACCUCGUAUUUUUCACAUGCAAAUGGGAUAAGACAGUCCUGUAGUGUCGGCACUGUGACCCACACCACACAGUCUUACUAUAUUCACACAUUGCCAGGAAUCUACAACCAGGUAGACUGGCACCAAAACAAGUCUACAAGGCUUAGCCUUCAAGGUAGAGGGUAGAGGACAUAGGAAGGCAGGCUGUCCUGGACGAAGAGUGUUUUACGACCUCACUUUGGAGAGUAGGUAGCUAGCAGCGACGACAGAGCUCACAGGAGCCUUAGCUCCAAAAGGUGCACUGCAUAAGUACCAGCCUUGCUUUUGUGCAUGGAACAUAGAAGGCAGAGAUAAAAUUUGCACCUAUAUAGCUGUAUAUAUGACCUUUGUAUUCAUAAUAUAAUUCUUAUGCACUAAACCUCACUCCUGUUUACCAGCAAAUGGUGAAGGAACUGUUAAGACUCUCAUAUAUAAUGUCCUGUGAUUGUCCCAUUACAAAGGUUUGGCUAAUAAAUAUAAAAAAGCAUCUUAUAAGCCAGUAUAAUUAUGUACCACUCAUCACUAAGUACGGUAGUACUUAGUAUAUAGGGAUUGACAUGCAUCAUAGAUGUAUGGGGCUAUGAUAGGGAGUUUUGUUCAUCUUCUUCUUCU